AUGAGCAAAAAAGUAGAAGCUGACAAGAGGAACCCUAAAAAGUUUCAAUAUGAAUUUUUUGGGCCCAUUGGUGCUGCUAUCAUAGUUGUGCUUACAACGACUGUAGUCUUUGGACUUUACUUUGGUUGCAAUGAAAAUGGUUGUCCAGCACAUCCUCAAAAGAUACUCUCCAUGAUUCAGAAUGCAAAGUUUAUCGAUGUGUAUUCAUUUCAGCUGUACCUAUGCUGGCUAGGAGCGCUUAUUCUGGCCUGGCACUUUUUGCCAGGAGAGUGGGUGAAGGGCGUGCCUAUAGAUGAAAAGGGAACUCGUUUGCAAUACAAGAUGAAUGGAUUCGCCACUAUUAGUCUUGUUUUGGGAAUCGCUAGCGGGUUUAUAUACAUGAAAGGGCCUGAAUGUAUGGAAUUAAUCUGGAGUCGAUUUCUACCUUUGAUGACCUCUGCUUAUGUCGUUUCCAUUUUGAUUUCUUUCUACUGCUAUAUUUCUAGUUUCAUCGGUCAAAAGCAUUUGGCCGAAGGUGGUAAUUCGGGAAAUUUAUUGUAUGAUUGGUUUAUUGGGCGAUUAUUGAAUCCUCGCAUAGGAAAUUUCGAUAUCAAAGUCUUUUCUGAAUUGAGACCUGGUUUAAUUCUAUGGAUUGUCUUUGACAUUGCAUUUGCAUGCAGGCAAUACGUUAUGCUGAAUGGACGAAUCACCGAUAGCAUGGUUUUAGUACUCGUUUUCCAUUCCUGGUAUGUUUUAGAUUCAUUCGUUUGUGAAAGCGCUGUUCUGACUACGAUGGAUGUGACCACCGAUGGCUUCGGCUAUAUGCUUUGUUUCGGUGAUUUGGUUUGGGUGCCGUUUACCUAUGGUCUCCAAGCCCGUUAUUUGUCUUAUUAUCCUGUGGACCUUGGGGUUGGCUUUACUACCGCAAUUAUAUUUCUCCAAUUGCUAGGGUACUAUAUCUUCCGAGGAUCCAACAGCCAAAAAAAUGAGUUCCGCAAUAACCCUACUGAUCCAAGUGUCAAGAACUUGAAGUACAUCCAAACCAAGCGUGGGACCAGACUUUUGAUUGAUGGAUGGUGGGGAAAGUCUCGCCAUAUGAAUUACUUUGGAGACUGGUUGAUGGCCUGGGCUUGGUGUUUACCAGUAGGAUUUGGAUCCGCUAUUCCAUACUUUUACGUUGCUUACUUUGCAGUGCUGUUGUUACACAGAUAUGGAAGAGAUGAUCACAAAUGCAGAGAGAAAUAUGGAGACGAUUGGAAGAAGUACUGUCAAGUCGUCAAGUACCGCAUUAUUCCUUAUAUUUAUUGA